AACUCGACACAAUUUAUUAGCAAAACGUAUCUGUAAAAUUGCAACCAUUGCAACCUAUCCUACCAUAAGUAAUGAGAAAUUACUCGUGGUGAACUGAAUCCUUGACUAAAUUAUUCAGUCUAAACAAAUCAACGUCCAACUUCACACGCCAGAAAUUCUCUGCGGUCUGCGCAAUAAUUAACCAUGCAGACAAACUUCGACCCUUUCGUCAUCAUGGAAACCGAAGAUUUAAAGAAGAAACCACCCCCCUUCGACCUCGGUGACGUGCCAGUGCCCUUGGUAACGGAAUCACUUUCUACUGGAAUUGCACCAUUGAAACCGCACGAAGAAUGUAACCCUGAUUGCCACACGUUUAUAAGUUUUUCCGCGAGGUUUGCUGACGAAUCUUCUUAUCAAAUGUGGCGGAGAUAUCUCUGUCAACAUUUUAUGGAAAUGAAAGAAAAGCGUUUGUGGUCUGCUAAAGCUACCGGAAGGAAAUGUACGAAAUUAUCAACCGAGAACGAAAGCCCUUACACGGAUUUCUUACAUCAUAAUGAUAACGUCCUACGCAUCCCAACGGAUUCCAGAUUUAAGCAGGCUGUGACCCUUUCUUCCCCGUCAAGGACUAACCGGAUUCCUAUCGUUUGCAUCAAUCUGGGGUACAAAUGGUCAUUCAAAAUAACGGACCAUUUUGUCGGGGGAGAAAAAAGCUAUCACAAACCAAAAGUCUUAAACGGAAAACAAUCAUCGCCUUUGAAGGCAGCAAACAAAAGUUAUACGACUACAACCGCAAGUGGAAAAAAUUUCGUAUAUUUGCAACUAUGGAUGAUCGGUAUCAUUCAGAAUAUGGUGAUCUGGUCGGCAAUGACCAUGAUCCAACACAACAUCAUCAAAUCCAGCCAGGUAAUGGGGACGAAGGUGAGCUUGAGCUGGGAGUGAAUAUAAUUAGUAAUGGAUACGAAAUUGAAGAGAUUGAAGAUGAGGAACAACAAGAAGGUAAUCAGGAAUUGGCUAAUAAUCCAGGUACAAUUCGUCAAAAUCUAUUUCCACAAAGUAGGGAUCUGUCAAUGACUAAUCACGAUAUUCCCAAUUAUCCUAUUUUAAAUAAUGAAUUAAGCCAAAAUCAAAAUAUUAUGUCCACUCAAAAUCCCUUUGAAUUUUCCCAAUUUGACGAUUUGCAAUAUUUCCCGAAUGCAUUAGAUGGGUUAGAAAAUUAUAUGCCCACAUCGUCACCUGUGAGACUUGAAGAUCAAGUUGUUCCUCGUCAUUAGUUUCGUACCCAAUAUUUUAUGUCUAACGUAUUUACAUACAUAUAUUUCAUACAUAUAUUUACUUCAACAAUAUUUUGUUUUUAUUUUAAAAGUUAGACUUUAGUACUAAUACAUUUUCCUUGUCAUGUAUAUUUACACUAUCCUCGAUUUUAAAGUGAUUUUAUUAUACUGUUAUUGUAUGUUCUUUAUUUUACUUUUUAUUGAAUAAAUUAACUUUACAUGAA